CAGUCAUUAGAUAGAGGUGGUAUCUUCUCUAUGAUUAAACUGACAUAGAUUAUAAUCUAAAUUUAAGUAACUGAAAGAAUUUUCGGCACGGUGGUCGGUGCAUAAAUUUUUUAGAAGAAUAUAAAAUAAUAUAACAGAAAAUGCCUCGAAGUAAAGCAACUGAAGAGACAGAUAAGUUAACGCGUAUUGCUAUUGUAAAUGCAGAUAAAUGUAAACCGAAACGUUGCCGACAAGAAUGUAAAAAAUCAUGUCCCGUAGUUCGUAUGGGUAAAUUAUGUAUAGAAGUUACUCCAAAUACAAAGAUAGCUUCAAUCUCGGAAGAAUUAUGUAUCGGAUGUGGUAUUUGUGUGAAAAAAUGUCCCUUUGAAGCCAUCACAAUUAUCAAUUUACCAAGUAAUUUAGAAAAAGAUACAACGCAUCGAUAUAGUAAGAAUUCAUUUAAGUUACAUCGUCUUCCAAUUCCACGGCCUGGUGAAGUAUUAGGUUUGGUUGGUACUAAUGGAAUUGGUAAAUCAACUGCGUUAAAGAUUUUGGCUGGUAAACAAAAACCAAAUCUUGGCAGAUAUUCUGAUCCUCCAGAUUGGACAGAAAUCUUAAAUCAUUUUCGUGGUUCUGAAUUACAAAAUUACUUUACGAAAAUUUUAGAAGAUGAUUUAAAAGCUCUAAUUAAACCACAAUAUGUAGAUCAAAUUCCAAAAGCCGUUAAAGGCACUGUGGGGCAAUUAUUAGAUAAGAAAACGGAACGAAAAAAUCAAGGCGAAAUCUGCACCAUGUUAGAUCUGAAUCAUAUUCGUGAACGUGAAAUCUCUGCGUUAUCUGGUGGAGAAUUACAAAGGUUUGCUUGUGCUAUGGUGUGUAUUCAAGAUGGUGAUAUAUUUAUGUUUGACGAACCGUCUUCGUAUUUGGAUGUAAAACAACGGUUAAAUGCUGCCGUUACUAUUCGAUCAUUGAUUGAUCCAGACAAGUUCAUUAUUGUGGUAGAACACGAUUUAUCUGUUCUGGAUUAUCUAUCUGAUUUUAUUUGUUGUCUAUAUGGAGUGCCUGGUGCUUAUGGAGUCGUAACUAUGCCUUUCUCAGUCCGUGAAGGUAUAAAUAUAUUUUUGGAUGGUUUUGUACCAACGGAAAAUCUACGAUUUCGUGAUGAAUCAUUAGUAUUUAAAGUAGCUGAAUCUGCGACGGAAGAAGAAGUGAAACGUAUGAAUCAUUAUAUUUAUCCAGCUAUGGUUAAAACAAUGGGUAAUUUUAAAUUGACUGUGGAUCAAGGACAAUUUUCUGAUUCCGAAAUUUUGGUAUUAUUGGGUGAAAAUGGUACUGGUAAAACAACAUUUAUUCGGAUGUUAGCUGGAAAUUUAGAACCUGAUGAGGGCUCAGGCGAUUUACCUCAGUUACAUAUUAGUUACAAACCACAAAAAAUUAGUCCAAAAUCUCAAGGACUUGUACGGCAAUUACUACACGAUAAAAUUAAGGAUGCAUAUAUUCAUCCACAAUUUAUAACGGAUGUAAUGAAACCAUUACGUAUUGAAGAUAUUAUCGAUCAAGAAGUUCAAAAUUUAUCUGGUGGUGAAUUACAACGAGUAGCAAUGGCACUAUGUCUUGGUAAACCUGCCGAUGUUUAUCUAAUCGAUGAACCAUCUGCAUACUUGGAUUCCGAACAACGUUUAGUUGCAGCUAAAGUUAUUAAAAGAUUUAUUCUUCAUGCAAAGAAAACUGGUUUCGUAGUAGAGCACGAUUUUAUAAUGGCAACAUAUUUAGCUGAUCGUGUAAUCGUAUUCGAAGGUACACCAUCAUUAAACACACGUGCACAUACACCACAAACUCUAUUAGCUGGAAUGAAUCGUUUCUUAGAAUUGUUAGGCAUUACAUUUCGACGAGAUCCAAAUAACUUUCGACCACGUAUCAAUAAGUGUAAUUCUGUUAAAGAUACAGAACAAAAACGUGCUGGUCAAUAUUUCUUUUUGGAAGAAUGAGGCGAUUUUCUUUUAUUAAUAAAUUGUGUAAAAUAUUUAUAGAUCCAAUUGUGUACAUAAUUAAUUCUUGUUAUUUUUUAUGUAUUUUAAUUUCGAGGUAUAAAUAUUUCACAGAAAUCGACAAAAAAAUAUAUAUAUUAUCUGAUGGCAUUCUGGUAAUGAUGUUGAUUAUAGUAAAAAAAAAAUUGAUGACGAUAACAAUAAUGGCUUAAAUAAGAUGGGCAUUAUUAAAUAUUAUUUGUUUUAAAAUACAAUUACCGAUUUUUUAGUUUUUGUUUUAAAACUUUUAAUAAAUAUUGAAUCUUAUUUAUUGAAAUUGUUGUUGUGUCUUAUAAUUAAUUAAAAGCAAGGUACCAACUGUGUAAAACGGA